GCUAUGCGGAAGCCACAUGGUCGUAUUCGUAAUCAGCAUGGUCGAUAACCUAUAACCCACUAGAUUCCGAGCAAAAAGCGUUUAAUCACUUCGUGGGGUUCCCUCGUGAGAAUACAAAAUUUUUUAUCACCAGACUACGGAAAGCAAAAACAAAAAAGAAACAAAUUUCUCGUGAGAACGUUCAUCCGGCUGAUGAAUUUGUAAAAUUACAGUUUUCAUAAAGAUGACUUAUAAAGACAAAAACGAAUCCAUGCAAGAUUUAAUUAACCAUUAUGAAUCUCAUUAUCGUGGUGAUGAAUCGCACCAGAUGAAUUUCAACGAACAUAUCAGUCUUGUAAUACUGUUCAAUGGUAUACAGCAGAUUCUGUUCUCUUUAUAAGACUUAAUAAAGCAUUUCGAAAAAAUACUAUUGAUGUAUUACAUAAAUUUCGUUUUUAUAUUAUUGAUUUAUCCAUGACUCUUCAAUGUGAAUGUAAAGAACUAAAGAAAUCAUUGUCGGAGAAGAAUAUAAUAACAGUUUAUCGUGGACAAUUUUGA